AUGAAUCUUAAAGAAUAUGUCGAUUAUCCAGAAGAAAAAAAUACUUUUGAAACACUAAAUGAUCAAGAAAUUUUGAAUAUUACUAUUAAUCAAGAACUCGAAAAUAAUGAAAGUGAAGAAGAAGAAAAUGAAAGUAUAGAAAUGCGUCAAAUUACUCAUCAAGAAACAUUAAAUGCUGUUGAAUUAAUAGAACAAUAUCUAAUACAACAAGACCUUAGUUAUACAGAUUU